GGACAUACGUCACAUGUACGAGAUCCUCCAUGACAACGGGAGUGGAAGUUACCGAGCACCCGAGUGGCUUUUAGAGCGGGGAUAGAAAAAAGGGAAACCGCAGUGUUUGCUUGUUAGCUACACUCUAUCGCGCCUGGGACCCGCAGCAACAGGUGCAUGUGGAUGGCGAUAAAACUCGAGAAAAACUCUACUUUUUUACCAAACACGGUCUGACGGAUGGGACGAGGCAAAACAACUUGUUAGUUACCGCGGAAAACAAGAAUGAGUCUCUCCCCAAUUCCGGGGAAAAGCAGCUGUGUCUCAGCAGGUUUCCCACCGCUCGCACACAUGGGGAAAAAAAGUCAGGCUUGGGGCUAACUUACCCUAACUUUGAUUUUCUUGUUUACUGUGAGCUUUUUUUCUUUGGAGCAAACAACACGGCGGAUACAUACAAGGGAUAUCACCGGAGCAGGACAAGAGGCGGUAAUGGAGAAGAUCAAGCCGAGCAACGGGAGCCGCUCCGCCGCCGACCGUGGAGCUAAAGACAGGGUGGACAGAGUGGAUCCGUAUGGCUUUGAGCGGUCAGAGGACUUUGAUUAUGAGUCAUAUGAGGAGCUCAUGUCUGAGUAUCUAGUUGUGCUCACCCGACGAGCCAUCAAGUGGUCCAAACUACUGAAGGGCAAAAGCAAGGUGCAGAAGAAUAUGAAAUUAAAGCGUUACGUACGCAAAGGAAUUCCCAAUGAGCACCGGGCUCUGAUCUGGAUGGCAGCCAGUGGGGCUCAAGAUCAGUUGGAGAGGAACCCAGGGCACUACCAGUCCCUGCUGGGAGCCGAGCACGACCCCAAACUUGUGGAGACCAUCAAGACAGACUUGAACAGAACAUUCCCAGAAAACAUCUACUUCCGCAAGACGUCAAACCCAUGUAUGCAGAAAGCUCUAUACAAUGUGCUGCUGGCCUAUGGACACCACAAUCCAGCUGUGGGCUACUGUCAGGGGAUGAACUUCAUCGCUGGGUAUCUACUCAUCGUCACAAAAGAUGAAGAGAAAUCCUUCUGGCUGAUGGAGGCACUGCUCGGCAGAAUUUUACCAGACUACUACAGUCCAGCCAUGCUGGGUCUGAAGACAGAUCAGGAGGUGUUAGGGGAGCUGGUGAAGGUAAAAAUCCCGCCAGUAUGGCAGAUCAUGGUGGACCAUAACGUCAUGUGGACCCUAGUGGUCUCCCGGUGGUUCAUCUGUCUCUACAUAGACAUCUUGCCUGUAGAGACUGUUCUGCGGAUCUGGGAUUGCUUGUUCUACGAGGGCUCGAAAAUCCUGUUCCGCGUAGCUCUGACUCUGAUCCAUCACAACCAGGAUCUGAUUCAACAGUCCCAGUCACUGCCGGACGUCUGCCAGAGCUUCAAGCAGAUCACACACGGACCAUUUGUAGAGGAGUGCCACACAUUCAUGCAGAAAAUCUUCACUGAACCAGGAAGUCUCUCCAUGGCAACCUUGACUAAGCUCCGGGCGACCUGUCGCUCUCGAAUCACUGCUGAAGAAUCCUGACCUCUCCCUGUUAAAUUCAGCACUCAUUCCAGCAGAAGUUUGCACCUUUUUUUUUUUUAAACUGAGUCACUGUGACUGCUGUACAUACUGUGAGUGUGAAACAAACACACAGCAGUGUAAAUAUGUGAUUAAUAUUCUUAGGUCUGUGCUGUAUGAAAUGAUUGUGUAGUUUGGUAAAUAUUCCCUUUUGUUUAAACAUGGAAUUCUGCACUUUAGUCUAGAAAAUGAGUCACGGCGAAGAAAAUGCUUAGCAGUAAAUGUUCAGGUGUGAUGAGUUGUACACUACGCAUAGCUGGAAGAACCUGUCUACUGUAUUUCACAUUAAAAUCCAUCAAGAUUA